AUGUCUUCAACCCUCUCAGAUGUGUAUAAACAGGCCAUCCAAAUCCAAUACGUUGACUGCUUGGUCGAUGGACUAUCCAACGCCCGGUUGCGGUCUCCCUUGGGCGGCGCAUCGGCCCAUGGCUGGGCUGGUGUCCAGCAACGCGCGGCGAAGCUCGCCGUCCUGAACUUAUUGCCGCUUAGUACGGGCCUGACCUUUGGCCUCCCGGCCCAUCUGCUCGGAAUCAGCCGCUCUGCCGUUGCGUGGUUGCAUCGCUGGUUUGCGCGGGUGAUGACCGCCCAUUCCCUGCUUCAUGGAGCCGUUGCCAUCGCCAGAGCGGAUAAGCCGAUCCCCUCGAUGAGGCAUGACUGGGUUCCCUUGCUGGCAGCUGCUGCCAUUUUGACGAUGAUCCCUGUGACCUUGCAUGUGGUCGUCCGACGUCACUGUCAGGUGGCCAUGAGAAUCCACUACCUUCUGGCGAUCACAGCAAUGGUGGCCCUGGGGUAUCAUACGUGGGACCAAGAGUCACAAUACCGCUGGCAAGUGCCUCCAGCCUCAGUACACGACUCUACCUCCGUGAAUGGCUACACCAGCGUCGACAGCCUGCACUGUUGCUGGGGCCAUACGGCCGAUUUUUCUCUAUUUGGGACGAUCGUGUUCAUCGUAGAGGACAUUGGCAUGUUGCGAGUGCUUCCCUAUAUCCGCAUGCUCGUCCAGGCGAGCGAGCAUGGGCGGGCCAUGGGAUCCGAAAGAAUCCUAGACCACCAAUGCUGGCUGGGCGAUUGGAUGCAGGACCUCUUGGACCUCGACUGCGGUGGAUUCAAGAUUCUUGAUUUUCAUCUGUAUUACCUUACAAAGACGACAUCCGUUAACCCCGUGACGCGUUCGGAGAGCGAAUCAAACUAUGUCAAGGGCCACUGA